CUCCGUCAAACCAUGCGGUUUGUUGUUCUUCGCCACCACGACGGGCAGGAAUUGUGCGCGUAAUUCAAAAUGAGCAAAGCUGGAAAUACUAAAACGUCGCUGUUUAAAGCUGGCCGUAAGCAGCAUGAAAAGUUCAACCGCAAGCGUGCAAAAGGCGGCCCGAAGGGUAGCGACAUUCCGCCGGCCAAAGUAUCGCGCCAGGACUACGACGAAGAUAUCGACAGUGACGAAGAGCUAGAGAAGGAGCAGCAGAAGCAGGCAGAAGUGGAGGAUGAGUUGGCUACGCUCGAAACCACCCAGGACAAGCGCAUACGUUUGGCCAAACAGUAUUUGCGCCAGGUACAGGAGCAAGAGCAGGAGCGAUAUGAUGAGGAAGCGGACGAGAGCAAACUGGUCACCGGUAUGGCCCGCACACUCAAGCAGUCCUUUCUCAAAGAGACGGGCAGAGUGCAUCGAGCGCUCGGUGCCAAGUGCACCGGAUUCGAGCUCGAGCGAGCCAUCUCCUUUCACUGGAAGAAGCAGCGCCUCUCGCCCACCUGCUGUGCGCUGUCCGCGGACGAUGCGUUCCUGUACGUUGGCUGCAAGAGCGGCUGGGUGGUCCGGUGGGAUGUGGCCGCCAAACAGCGAACGGCUUGCUUUCAGGUGAAAAACAGUGUCAUACACGCGAUCGCGCUAUCGCACGACCUGAAGUAUCUGGUGGUGGCGGACGGCACCGAGGAGAUGAAGGUACUGGACGGAACCACACUGGUGCAGCAGAACACGCUCAAGGGACACGCGAAAGCCGUCACCGGCGUCGUGUUCCGGCAGAACUCGUACCAGCUGUUCUCGUGCAGUGCCGACCGAACGGUGAAGGUGUGGAGCCUGGAGGAGAUGGUGUACAUCGAAACGCUGUACGGCCACCAGAGCCAGGUGUCCGGCAUUGAUGCGCUUGCGCUGGAGCGUGUCGUCACGUCCGGCGGGAUGGACCAAACGAUACGCGUGUGGAAGGUGGCGGAAGAAUCGCAGCUCGUGUUCAACGCCGUCGAGGAGGACUUUUCGGCGGUAAAGUUUGUGAGCAACGAGCUGUUCGUGUCCGGGUCGGUCGAGGGAUCGUUCGCGCUGUGGAGCAGUGGGAAGAAGAAACCCAUCCACCGCGUCAAGCUAGCCCACGGGCAGCAGAGCGAAGGACACCCGAACUGGAUCAGUGCGGUCGGUGUGCUGGCCAAUUCGGACAUCGUGGCGUCCGGGUCGUGCGAUGGCGCGGUGCGUGUGUGGAAGUUGAUCAACAAACGGCGCACGAUUCAACCGCUGCUGCAAAUCCCUGUGGAAGGGUUCGUGAACGCGAUCGAGUUUACUAGCGAUGGCAAGUUUCUGGUGGUGGCCGUCGGGCAGGAACAUCGUAUGGGACGCUGGUGGACGUUGCGCCAGGCCAAGAAUCAGGUUCUAUGGAUUCCGUUGUCGAUUGAGACGUAGAAAAAAGUUAAUAAAACAUAAGCUUCACGUGA